AAAGAGAUUCUGCAUGUACAGUUGCAUAUAAAAAGUGAUGUCAUUACUUAAGUGUUUGCGUAGUAUAUAUUUCUGAUUAAUAAUGUUUUUACACUGAAUUUGGUAAUAAAUCUGUGUACUUGAAAGGCAGCAUAUUUUAUAGUUGCCAACCUAUGAAAAUCAACAUUUCUUCAGGAAAACAGUAGUACAAAUGCAAUGCAGAAUGAAAAGCUUUCAAAUACAGUUCACAAACUAAAAUUAGCUGUUUCAAAUAGCAGUGAUUUUAAAUUAGUUUGCUCAGAGUGGCAUAAAUUUUAUUAAUCAAAUGUUGAAGUUCUUCGGGGUUUUAUGCUGUUGUUGCUGUCUUGUCAUAAUGUUGUGCAUCAAAAUAGAAACCAGUUCCAUGCCUUGACCUAUUGCUUUGCACUUCCUCACCUGAUUCCUCUCCCCAGAACAGCAGUAGGAAGGUGAAAUAAUCUGUCUAGAACAAGUUGAAGACUGGGCCAUAUUGUGUUGCAGAGCAGUGAAUAAGCAGCAAUGUAUGCUAACAGCUAAAACCCAACUGUGUUUUUUAUUCUGGCCCUGUGGCCAGCUGGCACCGAGUGAAAGCCUCUGACCUUCCAAACUAGACUGGACAUGUCCUAGCUGCCUGUGGGUCCCAGGUCCAUGCUGACACCUGAGACUUGCUUGGAAGCACCCAGAGAGUGGGAGGUGGCUGGGUCAGUGCUGCUCUCUAAUGGGGACUUGGUGGGCUCCUUCAGCACCGCUUCCCGUAGGAGUGUGGACUUGGCCUCCGUGUCCUAGGGCAUAAUAACUUGCUGACAAGGCAGCCAGGAGGUGAAUGAAUGCUGCUGCUGUCUGAGGUCACUGCCUGUCUGCUUUAUCCCUUGGCCACUAUUUCAGAUGCCAGUUGGUACAGGCUGCAAGUUGAAAUAUAGACUAUAUAAAGACUUAAAAGAUGUGGGAUCAAGGUGGACAACCUUGGCAGCAAUGGCCUUUGAACCAACAGCAGUGGAUGCAGUCAUUUCAACACCAGCAAGAUCCAAGCCAGAUUGACUGGGCUGCAUUAGCUCAAGCAUGGAUUGCUCAGCGAGAAGCCUCAGGGCAACAGAAUGUAGUGGAACAACAAGGAAUGAUGCCAAACGGACAGGAUAUUUCAGGAAUAGAGUCUGGUCCAAACAACCAUAAUAAUUUUCAGGGGGAUCCCAAUUUCAACAGAAUGUGGCAGCCAGAAUGGGGAAUGCCUCACCAACCCCCUCACCCACCUCCAGAUCAGCAGUGGAUGACUCCAACCCCAGGUCAAAUGGAAAUUGUUCCUCCGUCUGAAGACAGCAACAGUCAGGACAGUGGGGAAUUUACUCCUGACAACAGGCAUAUAUUUAACCAGAACAAUCACAACUUUGGGGGACCUCCCGAUAACUUUGCAAUGGGGCCAGUGAACCAGUUUGACUAUCAGCAUGGGGCUGCUUUUGGUCCACCUCAAGGUGGAUUUCACCCACCUUAUUGGCAGCCAGGACCACCAGGGCCACCAGGUCCUCCAGCACCUCCUGCACCUACUCAAAAUCGAAGGGAAAGACCCUCGUUCAGAGAUCGACAGCGUUCACCUAUUGCGAUGCCUGUGAAGCAGGAGCCUCCCCAGAUUGAUGCUGUGAAGCGUAGAACUCUGCCUGCCUGGAUUCGUGAGGGCCUGGAAAAGACGAAAAAAGAAAAAAAGAAAAAAGAGGAAAAAGAAAAAAGGGAACACCAACGGUCACCUCAGAGAAGUAAAUUUGACAGUGACGAGGAAGAUGAAGAUGCUGAAAACACAGAAGCUGUAAGUGUUGGGAAAAUCAGCAGGAGUCCAUCCCCAGCUCCUCAAGAGGAGCAAAGUGAACCAGAAAUGACAGAAGAAGAAAAGGAGUAUCAAAUGAUGAUGCUGACAAAAAUGCUGCUGACAGAGAUUCUCUUAGAUGUCACAAAUGAAGAAAUCUAUUACGUGGCCAAAGAUGUUCACCGUAAAGCAACUAAAGCUCCUGCAAAACAGCUGGCACAGUCCAGUGCACUGGCUUCCCUCACUGGACUCGGUGGACUGGGUGGUUAUGGAUCAGGAGACAGUGAAGAUGAGAGGAGUGACAGAGGCUCUGAAUCAUCUGAUACUGAUGAUGAGGAAUUACGACACAGAAUAAGACAAAAACAGGAAGCGUUUUGGAGAAAAGAGAGAGAACAGCAACUACUACUAGAAAAACAGCUAGAAGAAGAAAAGCUACAAAAUGAAAAAGUUUCAAAAGAGAUGAAUGAAUUUAUCAGCAAAGAACAAAAUAGUAACUUAGCAUCACAGGAGGCAAAAGAAAUUGAAGCAGAUAUGGUUCAUGAAAAGAAGAGAUCUCCAAAUGCAAAUGCACCUGAUGUAGAACUCAAGAAAGAGGGUAAAGAGAGGACAGGAAGGAGUGGGUCAAGAAGCUCUAGCAGUGGCAGCAGCAGCAGCAAUAGCAGGAGCAGCAGCAGUAGCAGCACAGUAUCCAGUUCUUCAUAUAGCACUAGCUCAGGUAGCAGUCGCAGCACUUCACGUUCUUCCUCUCCCAAAAGGAAGAAGAGACACAGUCGCAGUAGGACGCCGUCCCAUAAAGUUAGGCGUAGUAGAAGCAGGAGUUACUCCCAUAGAAACAGGAGAGAGAGGAGUAGGAGCAGGGAGAAAAUAAGGGAAAGGAGAAGAUCUAGUAGAAAUCACAGUGCUGAAAGAGGGGAGAGGCGGAGAAAUCGGAGUCCUUCGAGAGAGAGAAGCUGGGAUAGACGUAGAAGCGGCAGCCGCUCAAGAGACCGGCGAGCCAACCGUGCGAGCCGCAGCAGGAGCAGGGACAGACGUAAAGCUGAAGACCAGCGUAGAAGCCCUACUGGAAAUAGGCACAAACAUAAAAGUGAGGGUAAAGAUCAAGAAAGGAAGAAGGAGCAGGGUGGAGGUGUAGAUAAAGACAAAAAAAAGAACAGAGAAAGGGAGAGAGAUCAGGAAAAAAGAAAAGAUAAGCCCAAAAAAGAGGAAAAAGAAAGUAAGGCUGGCAAUCAUGACGACAGUAGAUUAAAGAGAAAAAGAGACAGCGAAAGAACUUUCUCUCGCAGUGAUUCAAUAUGUGUGAAAAUAAUAAGACAGGAUUCCAGACAAGAAAGCAAAAAAAUUACUACCAAAGAUAGCAAAAAACGAUCAGGCUCUGAAUCUAGUGCAAGGAGUAGUUCUGAAUCACCAGGAAGCAGUAAAGAAAAGAAGGCUAAGAAAUCGAAGCAUAUUCGGUCAUGCUCCAUGGAGAAAUCUCAAAGGUCUGGUAAGAAGGCAAGCCGCAAACACAAGUCUAAGUCACGAUCAAGAUCAACAACUCCUCUCCGUCGUAAACGCUGAGGAAUUUAUGGCACCAGUGCUAUGAUGUUUAAAAAUUCCAUGAGUUAUAAAAGGCUUGUCUCAUUAUAGAGGCACAUUGUGGCUAUGUAGGUGAAACCAGAAUCCUUUUUUUAUCUGUAAAUAGGUGUAUUUUUUCCAAAUGCUGCUCAGAAUUAAAUACCUAAUAGGAUUUCUUUGUAUUACAUUUUUUCAAGAACGGUAGUGCUUAUUAAGACUAUAAAACAGGCCAUUCUCUUUCAGCUGUAAUGUUCUUAAAAUUACUAUUGAAUGUACUGUGAUGUCAAUAAAGCUCUUUAGUUCAUUUUUUGUUUAAAA